ACGGCGGGAUACGAGAGGACGCGGCGUUGGGCUGCAAGAUGGCGGCGGUCUGCAGGUACCUGCUGACCCGACCUCCAGCCCCUGCCUCAUCCUUCAGCUCCAGCCUGCGGGCCGUGUGCGGCUCCGCUCUAUUCCGCCCAUCGGUUGCCUCCCGCGCCGACCUGCCCACCUCGGCCGGCCUCCUCCAGCGUCUGACCGGCCAGCUCUCCCCCUGGUUCCCACAGCAGCAGCAGGUGAGGACCAGGAAGCGCGGCACAGAAUACCAGCCCAAGAACAUCAAACGCAAGCGCACGCACGGGUGGAUGAAGCGGAUCAGCACCCGGGGUGGCAUCGAGGUCAUACUCCGGAGAAUGUUGAAGGGACGCAACUCAUUGACACACUGAGGGGCAGGUGGAUCACCAUGUGUUCAUGGACGUUUAUUGAAUGGGAAAAGGCUGGAGAAGGCGACCAUCUGCCUCUUGUAUUGAACUAUUUAGACCUGAUUGACUAUUUGUAUUGUAUACAUAUAAACAAUAACUGAAUGAA